AUGCCACAGUGUUGUGCAGUGCCUAUGUGUGCAAAUAAAAAAGGAGGGCAUAAGUUCCCUACAGAAGAUAAAAACCGAUUAAAACAGUGGCUUGUAGCCAUUCCGAAGGACUCAGUAUUAGAAAAACCCAGGCCUGUGUUGAAAAAAUGUGCAGUGCCAAGUCGAUUCCCAUGGAUUGACCAAAAUUCUAGUUUGCAUCAAAAAAAGAAGGAGCGGCAUCAAAGGCGUUUGGCGCGAAAUGAAAGGAAAAUUAGUGUCCAAGUACACAUAAACAAUGAAAAAGAGAAGGAUGACACCUUCCUCAUGGAAACUACAAACUUUUUUCGAAGUAGAAAUUGA